CUGCUAACAAAAUUCAGAAAUUUAAUAACUCCUAAAUACAAACAAUAUAGCAACAAUCAGAGAGCAGUCAUUUCCAAUUGAACCAGACAUCUAAGCUUUCUGGAUACAGCCACAAAAAGAGGGCAAGUAGAAACUGAACUAAUCUGAAACUUCAACUGCCAGCAAACAUCAGAUAGGAAAUUUAACAGUGCCUCUCCAAAAAUCAGUAAAGUGGCAGCAACUCAUACCAGUUAAAACCACAGGAAAGAAGCAAAAGAAAGCAGAAAAAAUUCAACUUAACUGACAGCACAUGAUCUGAACCUUAACUUGCCCAGAAAACACAUGUUCUUUUCAUUACAUUCGUGUGAUACGGAUGUUGCACACCUUAUUCUACACUUGAAUAAUGGACUGACAUCUGAACCAGCAUGGCAACUAGUACAAAAUUCAUUCUUCUCUAUAACUCACUCAUAAACAAAAAUUAACUCUACUUGUAUCAACUAUCACAAGUAUAUCAGGUUGCAAAAUCUGUAAAUUGCAACCCCAAAGCUCAGCUUAUUCAACCCUAAGGAUAUAUAAAGUUAAAAUAAGAACCACUAGUUAAAUUGAACAAUAAUAAUCUCAUUACUUAUUAGAAGCAAGAAAUGAACAAUAGAAUUGACCAUCAUGCACUGAAUUAUAAUCCAUAAGAUGCCCUACCCUUAAUUUUGUUAGACUUUAUAAUAAUUAUAACCAUUUCUAUAAAUUCUCGAACCACUAAAUGCAAACUCUAGAAAGCAACAUUUACAUCAUCAAAGAGCGUUAAAGAUGACCCUAUGACAUUUGUAAGAAUGAACCAAGAAACACUUACACGAAGUGCAAGACCAAAAAAGAAUCCAAUAUAGUUCAGACUUCUUUUGACACGAGUUGUAACUGCCAUGCAAAAACCGACAAAAAUCUUUCCCUUAAAUCCUGUCAGUUGCAUCAUUGUUUGCAAAGAUGGUGAGAGAGCAAGCAACAAUGGCUAUCAGAGAAAGUGAUUCAGCUGAUCUCCUCCAUCAGAUGAUAACAGUCCUCCACCAUGUCCACCACUCUACAUUGCUAACCAACCUCCGCCACCACCAUCCUAGCCCUUAUGUCCGCCAUUACAUAGACAACCUACUUUGUCACGUUCGCGACCUCCUUGUAUACCUCUGCCAGCAGCAACUCCUUCCUACAGCUUCUCACCAUCUACUCCAAGAGAUGUUUGUCCAUAUCCGGCAUAUCAUCAGACCCCUACGCCGGUUCGUCAUCCAGUUCCGACAGGCUCACCAAGGCCACAACAAUCAGUUCCUCCUCCAAGUUCGACGGGCUCACCUACGCCAGGUUCACCAACGCCGCAGCAUAAACAUCAUCCACCUGGUCACUGCCAACCUCCAUGGAGACGUCCUUGUGGUUCGACACCACCUUUUUGUAAGCCAUCAAUUUCAAGACCCCCAAAACUAGUUGGUACAACAAUUUACCAACUAGCACCAACAACACCACUUUGAAGCACUCUUGACCCUCCCACCAGUUCAUGAACCUCUUCGUCACUCACCACCUAAAACCCUUCCAGAAUGCCAGUUUAUCAACCACAACCUACAUCUAAAUGUCCAGCCAUAAAACCUAUGUCAAUGUCCUGGCCUCUGUUAAUCUAUGUGCCUCAGUUGAACCUAGCAUCACUCUAUGGAUGGUCACCAACUGUAAUAAAUGUAUGCUUGUAAACUUUUCUGUGAUGAUAUAAAUCAGUGUGUGAAUCAUGUGUAUGCAACCUCAAUUUAUCAGUGCUUUUAUCUAGUUUCCUAAACUUGCACUCUCUAUCAGCAUACCUUAU